GCUAUAGUGCGCUUUCCUUCUUAUCCUUCGCUCCCUCCUCCACCCAUUUCUACUGUGUCUUUCUUUCUUACAGUUUUAUUGCAGUUAGAUUUACCAUUUAUUGUUAUCGUUUGUCGAUCUUUCUGUUAAAACCACUCGACAUCAAGAAAAUUGGAGAGGUUAGCAAUUUUGAAGGUUACCCAUUACAUUUUGGGUUUAUAUUAUUUGAUCUUGAGUUCAAGGAAUGAUAUUUAGACUCAAAGAUCACCCUUUAUCUUCUUUUUUGACUAUGUGAAGCUAUUUAUGAAGUCGGCUUGUCUCCAGGAUCUAUUUCGAGGUAUUAGAUUAUUAUUUUUUGAAUUUCUCAAAGGGUUUAGUUUCAUGGCUGGGAGUAAUGAAGUUAAUGUCAACGAAAGCAAGAUGGUGGUUCCUCUGAAUACCUGGGUCCUAAUAUCCAAUUUUAAGUUGGCCUACAAUCUUCUCCGUCGUCCUGAUGGCACUUUUAAUCGUCACUUGGCAGAGUUCCUUGACCGGAAAGUUCAAGCCAAUGCAAACCCAGUUGAUGGGGUUUUCUCUUUUGAUGUUAUUAUUGAUCGUGGGACUAGCCUCCUUAGCCGGAUCUAUCGACCAGCAGAUGGGGAGCAAUUACAACCAUCUAUCUCUGAACUUGAGAAGCCUGUAUGCUCUGAGAUUGUCCCUGUCAUUCUCUUCUUUCAUGGCGGAAGCUUUGCACAUUCUUCUGCUAACAGUGCUAUAUAUGACACGCUUUGUCGCCGACUGGUGGGCAUUUGCAAGGCUGUGGUGGUCUCUGUGAAUUACAGGCGUGCGCCUGAAAAUCGAUAUCCUUGUGCGUACGAUGAUGGAUGGACAGCUCUUAAGUGGGUUAACUCAAGAACAUGGCUUGAGAGUAAGAAAGAUUCGAAAGUUCAUAUAUUUUUGGCAGGGGAUAGCUCUGGUGGUAACAUUGUACACCAUGUUGCUUUAAGAGCAGUGGAGUCAGGAAUUGAAGUAUUGGGUAACAUAUUGCUCAACCCAAUGUUUGGUGGGCAAGAGAGAACAGAAUCAGAGAAGCGAUUAGAUGGAAAAUAUUUUGUCACUCUCCAGGACCGGGACUGGUAUUGGAGAGCUUUUCUCCCUGAAGGAGCAGACAGGGAUCAUCCAGCAUGUAAUCCAUUUGGUCCAAAAGGUAAAAGCCUUGAAGGAGUGAAAUUCCCCAAGAAUCUUGUUGUGGUGGCUGGUUUGGACCUUAUUCAAGACUGGCAAUUGGCUUAUGUUGAAGGACUUAAGAAGGCUGGUCAAGUUGUGAAACUUCUGUAUCUUGAGCAAGCAACAAUUGGCUUCUACUUGUUGCCCAAUAAUAAUCACUUUCAUACCGUCAUGGAUGAGAUAAGUAAAUUUGUGUGUUGUGACUGUUAAUAUACGUAACUUUACCGACUAGCAGCUAUACAUGACAGAAGUUUGACAUUCUGCUUGAGGGUAAUUAAGGGUUGUGUGCUGUUUAUAUGGUUGUGUAGUAUUACUACUUACUGUUUCAUUGAUUAUGUGCUGUUGGGCUCUGCUACUCUGGGGUCUGGUUCAUCACAACUAGGCUUUUUUAUUGAGUGCAGAAGGUGGUUCAGCAUCUAGCUGGUUUUGGAUGUGUGCUGUUAUACAUCUAGUCGUCUGGACUCAGGUGAUGUAGUUUGAUGAAGCUUUUAAGGCAGCAGGAAGCUGUUUGACUAAGUUUAGCAGACCCGCCAAAUUCAAGGUUACCCAUACUGACUUCCAGCAAUAAUGGAAAGGAAGACAGGAGUACAGGGUAGCAUUUUGUUGGCCGAUUGAUUGGGUCGGUCCUUCGCUAAUGUUAUAUAUAGCUAAUUUUAGAACAUGGAUGGGAAAACAAUCCAUGAUAUUGUGAUCAUUUUAUGUUUUAUACAUAUGGUUUUAGUAUGUGUAAAGGUGUUGCUUAUAUUCCACUCCUGAUACAAUUUUGCCUUCUAUGUUCUGUUUCUUAAUGACUCUUUGAUUUGUUCUACUUCGACUCUCUGCUGUCAACUGUGAAUACUAUGUUAGUAAGUCGUUAAGAUUGAAAAAAAAAACAAGUAGAUGUUUUUUUAA